UCGCAUUUUGUUAUACUGUAGUAUAAUAACGACUAAAAAACGUAAACAGAUAAACAAUUGGCAACAUAUUUUCAAGCAAAAUUGUAACAUUACUAUAGUCGUAGGAUCAAUGCACGAUACUUUUCCCCCAGUUAUGCAUCCGAAAGGAAAGCGAAGCAGAAUUGCGAAUGGAUUAAAAUGGCGCCAUCUAUUGGAAGCAGAAGCGGUGUUUUCCAGUCAACAUUAUAUAAAUGACACACGAUUACGUUAGUCACCGGGUCAACAAGUCAAGUACACGCAAAUCAUUUGUAUAAAAUGAUAUAAAGCCACAGUUUGCUUAUGCAAAAUCUUCUCCCUUAUCAAUGUAAAUCAAACAAAUAGUUAAAAUUGUAAUUGAGUGGUGUAACAAGUAUUAUGCAACGAUUUAAGGUCUGACCACUGAACAUAUCAUCCCCAGGCACAUAUGAUGAGGUCGGCCGGUCAAGAGCUUUACAACCAGUCUUCAAUAUGUCACACCUCAGACACCUUGUGUGACAUUUAAAAUUUACAGAAACAGGACAACAAGAAUGAGGAACGUAAUACUUUCAGCGCUUCUGGCAGUCUUUGCUGUGGUGUCAGGAUAUGUGGAGGAGCUCGAUGAGAAGUUUAUGGAACACCGACAGAAUGAUCUUUGGCUGGUGGAGUUUUAUGCUCCAUGGUGUGCAUAUUGUCACACAUUUGAGCCAAUAUGGUAUGAAGUGGGUGCAGAGCUGAAGAGUAUGGGCUCUCCUGUAAAUGUUGGCAAGAUUGAUACCAUUGCUCACACAAGUAUUGCCUCAGAGUUUAAUAUUCAUGGAUAUCCAACGAUAAAACUCUUAAAAGGAGAGCUGUCUUUUGAUUACAAAGGACCACGAACAAAGGAUGCUAUUAUAGAAUUCACCAAUAGAGUUGCAGGACCUACCGUAAGACAUCUCUCUAGUGUACAGUUGUUCCAGCAUGCCAUGAGCCAUCAUGAUCUUUUCUUUGUCUACAUUGGAGGGAAGUCGCUCCUUAAGGCACAAUACCACAAAGUUGCAACUGAGUAUAUUAUCCACACAUAUUUUUUCUCUGCCUCUGUUGACGUUCUUCCAAAAGCAGUGGCUCUUGAUGAAGUUCCUGUCAUUGCUGUUUUUAAGGAUGGGACGUUCUACCUGUACAACGAAGUUCUUGAUGGUGAUCUGUCGGCGUGGGUAAACCGAGAACGCUUUCCCUCUUACUUCCAAAUUGAUAACUUCAGUCUCUACCAGAUGGGGGAACUUAGUAAACUUGUGGCAUUGGCGGUAGUAGAUGAGAUGACGCCAUCUGAGGAAAGCAUUCUUUACAAAACUCUGAUUGAAAGGUUAUCUACAGAAUACAGAGAUCAAUUCAAAAACGAUUACCAGUUUGGUUAUGUGACUGAUUCUGAAUACAUCAACGGAAUUAUAAUGGGAGAAAUCAUGAUGCCAUCCAUCAUUGUGUUGAACAUGUCUGUGGAUGGAUACUUUCUACCAGGAAGUAAGAUUGAGACCACCGAGGAUGUAAUUCACUUCCUCAACAAUGUAUUGAAGGGCAGGGUAAAGUUACUCGGAGGAAAUGGAAUAUUGCAGCAAACUAAAAGACUUUUCUAUAAAACAAAGUCUACUGUGGUGACGUCAUUCCAGACAGCUCCGGCCUUCUGCUGUCUUGUGUGUGCACUGCCGGUGGGUAUAGUUUUAAUAAUUAUCUGGGGUACGUGUACCGCUGUACCAGCAGAUGACGAGAGACCUGGUGAAGAAGCCACAAGCAUCUCUGCAUCUGAUGGGAAGAGGGCAAAAUUAUCACAACCUGACAAAAGAGGAAAAACCUCAGGAGAAAAGAAAAAGGAUUAAUGUAGACUGUUAUUAUAGGAUUGUGUUGACAAUGUUGUCAUAUACAUACUACCGCUGUUCUCAUUUUAUAAAUUAUUCCAAAGCAUUGUCAUUGGUCUGUAUAUUCCCUGUUUUGUAAAUUUUAUUUAAU